CUCGCGCGCUUGCGCACUUAGGCCCGCGCAGGGAGCACCCCCUCCCCGCCCCCCAAACUCGGACCCUUCUUCAUCCUUCGGGCCUGGCGAAGCCCACGACGUUGACAUGCCGGAGAUCCGCCUCCGCCAUGUAGUGUCCUGCAGUAGCCAGGACUCGACCCACUGUGCAGAAAACCUUCUCAAGGCCGACACUUACCGAAAAUGGCGGGCAGCCAAGGCGGGCGAGAAGACCAUCUCUGUGGUGCUCCAGCUGGAGAAGGAGGAGCAGAUACACAGCGUGGACAUCGGGAAUGACGGCUCGGCCUUCGUGGAGGUGCUGGUGGGCAGCUCGGCCGGAGGGGCCGGGGAGCAAGACUACGAGGUCCUUCUGGUCACCUCGUCUUUCAUGUCCCCUUCCGAGAGCCGCAGUGGCUCAAACCCCAACCGCGUUCGCAUUUUUGGGCCUGACAAGUUGGUCCGGGCAGCAGCCGAGAAGCGCUGGGACCGCGUCAAAAUUGUUUGCAGCCAGCCCUAUAGCAAGGACUCCCCCUAUGGCCUGAGUUUUGUACGCUUUCACAGUCCCCCAGACAAAGAUGAGGCAGAGGCCUCAUCCCAGAAGGUGACCAAGCUUGGCCAGUUCCGCGUGAAGGAGGAGGAUGAGGGCGCCAACUCCCUGAGACCAGGGGCCCUCUUCUUCAGCCGGAUCAAUAAGACUCCCCCAGCCACAGCCAGUGACCCAGCAGGACCCAGUUAUGCAGCCGCUACACUGCAGGCCUCUAGUGCCGCCGCCUCAGCCUCUCCAGCUUCCAAGGCAGUAGGCAGCACCUCCAAGCCCCAGGAGUCCCUCAAGGGGAAGAGGAAGUUGGAUUUGAACCAAGAAGAAAAGAAGACCCCCAGCAAACCAUCACCCCAACCGUCACCACCUGCCCUCAAGAAACCCAAAUUGCCAGCUUCCACCCGAACCCCAGCGACCUCCCCAGUGCCUGCCCCAGCACGGGCGGCAGUGCCAGGGAAGCCCCAAGGAGAAGGCACCGAGCCCAGGGGACACCGAGCUGGCCCACAGGAGCUAGGGAAGAUCCUUCAGGGUGUGGUGGUGGUGCUGAGUGGCUUCCAGAACCCCUUCCGCUCGGAGCUCCGGGACAAGGCCCUAGAGCUGGGGGCCAAGUAUCGGCCAGACUGGACCCCAGACAGCACCCACCUCAUCUGUGCCUUUGCCAACACCCCCAAGUACAGCCAGGUCCUAGGCCUCGGAGGCCGCAUCGUGCGUAAAGAGUGGGUGCUGGACUGUCACCGCAUGCGUCGGCGGCUGCCCUCCCGGAGGUACCUCAUGGCAGGGCCAGGCUCCAGCAGCGAGGACGAGGGGGGCUCUCACAGCGGCAGCAGCGGGGAUGAAGCCCCCAAGCUUCCUCGAAAGCGCCCCCAGACCAAAACCAAGCCCCCUCAGGCAGCAGGACCUAGCUCACCCCAGAGACCUGCAACCCCAGAAGAGACCAAACCAGCCUCACCAGGACCCCAGGAAGAUACCGACGCUGAGGGGGAACAGUCAGAAGGACAGGACAAUGGGGCGGAAGAUUCUGGGGACACUGAGGAUGAGCUGAGAAGGGUGACUGAGCGGCGGGAACAAAGGCAGCCUCCUGGCCAGGGGGAGAAUGGUGAGGACCCGUAUGCGGGAUCCACUGAUGAGAACACGGACAACGAGGGUCCCCCGGAGUCCCCCGACCUACCAGUUCCCGAGCUCCCAGACUUCUUCCAGGGCAAACACUUUUUCCUGUAUGGGGAGUUCCCUGGGGAUGAGCGGCGGAAGCUCAGCCGAUAUGUCACCGCCUUCAAUGGGGAGCUUGAGGACUAUAUGAGCGACCGGGUCCAGUUUGUGAUCACGGCGCAGGAGUGGGACCCCAGCUUUGAGGAGGCCUUGAUGGACAACCCCUCCUUGGUGUUCGUCCGCCCCCGAUGGAUCUACAGUUGCAACGAGAAGCAGAAGUUACUUCCCCACCAGCUCUACGGGGUGGUGCCCCAGGCCUGAAAUAUGUGCUUGCGUGUAUGUGCGUGCACGCAUACGCACACACACGCGCACGCAUGUUCGCACACACAAGAUGAGUUUAAUAAAGGUGACUUGGUUAGGA